CGAUGAGAACGACGCUUCUAGUGGCAUCAGUCGACGUUCUACGCUCGUCCAACGCGGAUCUCGAUGGCGUUCGAUUUAUCGCGAGUUCCUCGAUAGCCGCGUGCUCGUGGGGACUUGUCAAACUUAAAAACAACACCACACACCUCUAACAAAAUCCCCUUUUUUAUUUUUGUUUGUGGUGGUUAACAUCGAUCAUACAUAUUUACAAAGUUAAUUAGUUUGUGUAUUGUUAUUGUUAUUGUUGUUGUUGUUGUUGUUGUUGUUGUUGUUGUCAGGAGUUAUUAAUAACGCGAUGCAUGACGAGUUUGGUAUAUCGAAAUUCUACUCUAGCGGUUUCUACCGCGCGGAUUAUUGGACGAGCGACGCGCGCACGUAAAAAGGACUCCUGCCGCGUCCCUCCAAUACACACACAAAGAAAGAGAGAUAAAGAAGAAAGUGUAGUGUCCUUUAAAAACGACAAUCAUCGUCAGAAUGGAACCCGCCAAAGACCGUUUGGCGUCUCGUUAUUGUGGAUAUCGUUUAGCUGUCGAAAUAUAUGAAAAGAGUUUGGUCAGAGCAGACAGGUCAGCGACUUGGUAUCUCGUAUCCGCUAUUCUGGAAGAAUUGGCCGGUCCAACGAGUACAAUCAAUUGUAUGCCAAGUAUCACUAGCCCGACAAGUGUGAUGAAUACUACGACAACGACAACUAUGACGACAACUACGUCAACAACUACUACGACAACUAAUACAAGUUCAAUUAUGAAUCCCAGUAUGCCAUUGAGAAGAAAAAUCGAGUUAUAUUUUGCUUGUCCAUAUUGCGAAGGUACAUUAUUCGAACCCGUUACUACAAGCUGUGGACAUACAUUUUGCAGAAAUUGCAUGGAAACAGGAACAAAUUGUCGCGUGUGCGGUCAAAAAAUUCUUACUAUUGGUCAAACUAACGUGCUAGUGCAAAGACUCGUGGAAAAGUGGUGGCCGCGCGAACUUGAAGCAAGCAAAGCUAGACACGAGGGUGACCUCCUCAUAAAGGAGGGUGACCUGACUAAGGCACUGGAUAGGUACAACCUUGCCGUUAGAUUAGUGCCAAACAGCCCACUCCAUCUUAGCAACAGGGCCCACGUUUUGCUUUUGUUAAAGAGGCCACAAGCUUCUCUCACGGAUGCCGAUCAGGCAGUUAGGCUCAGGCCUGACUGGGGCAAGGGUCAUUACAGAAGAGGGGUUGCGUUAUCAGCAUUGGGUAGAUACGAGGAAGCCUUUUUCGCCCUUUGCAUUAGCGUUGCCAUCGACAAGAAUCCUCAAGUAGUACGACACGAAUUAACCAGGGUGUUGCAUAAAAUGUUAUUGGCUGAUUUGCGUCGACAAAGUGUCAUUCAAUCUCGAACACCGUACAAUUUAAUAGAAGGUGUGUCCCGUACGAGAAGCCGUCACCAAUUAACAAAUCCCAAGCGUAAUCGACGUGCCGCGUUUAAUAGUUCGGAUUGCGAGGACGAUAGUAGUGGUGGCGAAGAGGAAUUCACACAGACGAUUAGUCGAAGACUUCUCUCGAAUAAUGCUAAACUUCAAACGAUCUUGGACCGAGUAUCUCAAGAUAUGGAAAAAUUGAAAAGAGUGGAAGCAAGACCUGCUGAAGUUUUAUUACCACCAUUUGUUGAUGGAACGGUCAACGAGUUAGAUUGUAUUUUAUGCUGUCGACUACUUUGGAAACCUGUAACAACGCCAUGUGGGCACACGUAUUGUUGGAUGUGUCUUGAUAGGUGUUUGGAUUAUUCUUCAGCUUGUCCCUUGUGUGUCACAUCCUUAGCUGACUACCUAGCGAGUAGUCAAAAAACCGUGACGGAUUUCAUCGAAAGGGCAUUGAAGAUCGUUGCACCUGACGAAUACGCGGCCAGAGCUGCGAGUCAUCGACUCGAGUUGGUUCAAGGUCUCGGUCUUCUGGACAGCGAACAAAUCGCAGUAUUUAUUUGCACCACUGCAUUUCCAUGCGUCGCGUGUCCGUUGUUCGUCUAUGAGCCUAGAUAUCGAUUGAUGGUUAGAAGGUGCGUCGAAAGUGGGGUUAAACAAUUUGGCAUAGCUGCUUGUCUCAACAAAGAAUCGAGUGGUGCUAAAAGGUACGCGGAAUAUGGUACGAUACUUGAAAUACGUGAUCGCGUUUUAUUGAAGGAUGGUUGCAGUAUACUAAGUACGUUAGGAAGAAGAAGGUUUCGUGUUUUAUCUGGUGGUGAAAGGGACGGAUAUGACACAGCUCACGUUGAAUUUCUAAGGGACACUGUAGUACAAGGAAAUCAACUGUUGAAUCUAUUGGAAUUGCACGAUAAGGUACGAGCUAAAGGUAGAAGAUGGUGGAACACGGUACCGUCUUAUCAACAAUCAGAAAUUCAACGAGUUUUUGGUCGUAUGCCCGACACGGAAGAAGAUUGGCCGAGAUUACCUGACGGUCCUUCCUGGACUUGGUGGUUGUUAGCCAUUUUACCGCUUGGACCACAACUUCAAGUUGGUAUAUUGGGUACUACGAGUUUAGAAAAAAGAUUGAGAGCAAUAGAAAAGACAUUGGAUCACAUGGAACAAAGGCAACUCACUGUUGCACCAGCACCGUCCGAAGAAACAACGACCUCUUCGAGUAUUUGCAGGGACAGAAGGGCCAUAACGGAGAGGACGGUUUCACUUUUUCAACAAUCCUAGAAAUUAUUAUCUACCUGUCCUAUUUUCUUUUUUUAUUAUACCUAUUCUAUUCUUUUCACAAUGAUACUAAACAUCUUAACGUUUAAAGGAUUAAAAAUGAAAGAUUCGAUUUUCUAUAAUCGAUUUUCGACUGUGGAUACAUUUUAACAUAUUCCAAGUAUUUCAAAUAUCUCCAAUCACUUCUCUAUCUAUCUAUUUCUUCCUUCCUUACUUACUUACUUACUUACUUACUUACUUACUUACUUACUUACUUACUUCCUUUUUCUAUCGCGUCCUUUUAAUCAAGUAUUUUUAACCGAGUGCUAAGCUCCAUUAAUGCGGCACUCAUUAAACUCACUAAAGUCGGAUACCUUAUCGAUUAAAUCAAAAUUCUCAGCGAUUUCAUUAAAAAUCAGCGUGACUGAUCACAUAUCCGGUAUAAACAAAAUUAAAUGAAACAAUUAUUGUUAAUUAGAAAUCGCUUGAACACAUAUUCGAUAAGGUAAACCGAUUUUCAUUUCCGCUAUUGCAAUACGCAAAUCUGUUCUUCCAAAAUAUUAUAAUUACAAAUUUAUAAUUAUAGUAUAUAUAUAUACAUACGUACAUACACGAGACAAUACACACAAAUAUACUUACACAAAAAAAAGCAACAGCACACUAAAAACACAUUUAUGUGUACACCUAAGCGUACGACGACUGAUUAUGUUUGCCGAUGAAGAGCUGAUUAAUAAUUGGGGGUUUCAACGUGUCAAAAAAAUGUCUUAAACUCUCUUACAUCGUUUCAAGUUUGAUAAAUCAUCGAUUGAUCAAACCUUUGACCAAAAAGUUACAUUGAUUAAGUACGUGUAACUAUACUUUAACUUACUGCUCUCUCAUUCUUGCUAUACUUUAUUCUAUUUCUACUUACUAUCUUAACACACACAUAUGUAAGUGUUAUAGGAAACGAUAUAAUACACAUCUCUCUAUUUCUUGUUCAGCUCUUCGCAUAAUCAGUCGCAUAAUCAUUGCUCUAACUUUAUUCAUAAUUCCGGCAUUAAUUUUUUUCCACGUCGGAUUAUGCGAAUUUUAAAUCUUGAAUUUUAAAGUUAAAUGUCAUUUGUCUUUUUGUCGUACCUCCUCUCUCUUCCUUCUUCUACUUAACGACUGGAGGAGAAUUUUUUUUUUUUAAACAAAAAAAGAAAGCCAAAAAAAAAAGAAAUUAAGAAAGAAAGAAAGAAUGAAAGGAAAAAAAAAACGGCACGAAAAGUAGACUUUUUUAUACUACAUACUAAAAUAAAAUUAAUUCCGUCAUUCAUAAGACUUCUCUCGACCACGACUAGCGUAUAGUAAUUUAUUUUCAUGUUACUUUAAAAAAAAAAAAAAAAAUAAUAAUCAUCGAUUUAAUAGAGGUAGAAAGUCUUUUUUAAACGAGCUAGAAAACGUCAUAUCAAUCAUGCAAUCAAGUAUUUACAGGAAGAAUAGAUACGUUUUCAUUAUAAAAAAAAAAAAAAAUAAAUAAAAGAAAAAAAGAAGAAGAAGUAGUAGAAGAAAAAAAA